UGUUAUUGUAAAGUUCAGGAUCCGUAUUCUGCAAAAAGCGUGGUCUCUCCUCUCGUUCCUCUCUUCGUCUCCCUCAGAGGCUAAAAAUCUCACCUUUCCACCUCUUGUGAUUUCUCUCCUUGCCCUAGACCUUCCUAGUCGUUUGUAUCUUCUUUGCUUCUACAGGAGGUCUCAUCCUCAGGGCACAAUUGUAAGACAUGGCGGCGACAGAACACACUAAGUGUAUGUACUCGGAAAAGCCUGGCUUCUGAUCCCGUUGUCACUAUUUCGGUUCUUUCGUCGACCGAGAGUGCGAGUUUUGUUUCGGCAUGGAGAACGGCGGUGGCGAAAACGCACACAAAACCCGAAUCCUAUACAAGGUAGGAGAGGUCUCCUCUGCGAUUGACGCCGCGAAGCAGGUCGACGAAGUGAUUUGCGCCCUCUACUCUCUUGCCGUCCUCCUCUUCCCCCUCGAUGCCGCUGCCCUUUCGGAUGUUGAUCCAUCCUGCAGAAGCAAGGUCUGUGAGAUUGAUCUUCCCAUUGAUGCUGAAAUGAGUAACUGGAAGCAGGCUUUCUACUCUGGAGCUGCAUUUCCAACAAUGGCUAGGAAAUUACUUUAUGAUGUUGCAAAAGAUUGGCUCCCAUGUUUUUCUCCAUCUAUAAGGAAGCAAAUUUAUGAUUCCUUUUUUGUUCAUGGACCUCCAAGUGAAAUACUUCAGGUCCUGGUGUCUGCUUUAACACAUGGUAGUGAGGAUACUAUCUACUCGAAUAUUGAGAGGUUGCUGGUAAAAUGCUUGCUUACGAGGGAAGGAGUGAGACAUAUGGUUGAGGAAUUUAGAAUGCAAUGUCAAGUUGGUGGGAAUGGUUAUGCCUGUAAGCCAGACAUGCUAGCAGUCAUAUCUAGGGUUGCACAGCAAUUGAGUUCAAUUCCUGAUAAGGCUAGAUUGGGUGCCUUGUCUGUACUUUCAUCACAUUCGUUCUUCCAGAAAGUUGUCAACCAACUUUUGGUUGGGGCAGAAGAUUGUGACUAUCAAGUUUCAAACUAUAUAAAUGCAUCUGAUGCAAAUGAUCUGGAUGGCUCAUUAUUAUUUGUAGGGGAAACAUUCUCAAGGAUUUGUAGACGUGGAUCAACAGACAUUCUUGUUGCUAAAAUGAUCCCUAGGGUUCUUGAUCAUACACGAGGCUGGUUGUCAUCAAAUAUUGGUUCUAUUGGUGAUGGUAUGAUAAAACCUAGUUCACAUUCCCACUUUUGGUUGUUAAUUGUGGAAGCAAUGAAAGAUCAGUAUGCCAUUGAAAGAUUGGCUGAGGAGUUACUGAGGCAAUUGGCAACUCAGAAUGCAAGUGAUGUUGAAGCUUAUUGGAUUCUUUGGUUGUUGUUUCAUCAAACUAUCAGCCAAAAAGCUACCAUGAGAUCCAUGUUUGCCGAUAAAUUUCUCAUCUGGAAAGUAUUUCCUAUACGGUGUUUGAGAUGGAUUCUACACUUAUCCGUAUUUGAAUUCCCCCCGGACUCUAAUUGUUUGCCAUGUUUACAAAAGACUUCAUAUUUCUUUGAUGUGGUGGAUCGACUGACCAGCAUUUGGUCAAGGCAUGGAUUUGUUCAAUCAUCUUCUAUGGAGCAGCAAGCUUAUAUUACUGCUGCUGUUGGGUUAUGUAUUGAGAAAAUGUCAAAGGAUGAAUUAGAAACAACCAAAAAUGUCUUGCAUGCUAUUCUGCAAGGAGGCAGCUGUAGACUAGAGAGCCCAAUUAAUCUGGUUCGGAAGAUGGCUCGAGCUGUUGCACUGGUAUUUUCUAGAGUGGUUGAUCCUAAAAACCCUGUCUAUCUUGAUGACGAUUAUUCUGAGAACAUUGACUGGGACUUUGGGUUUACAUCACAAAGGAAGGAUGUGAUGGAUAAUGGUGAGACUAGCCAAAGUGAAGCAACAAGUUCAUUACCAAAUGAAAGGGAGAGUGUAACUCAUGGCCAAAGGCUGAAAGAUACAAAGCAUUAUGCUGAUAAUGAUGGUAAAAUAAUUUUGGCAAAGAGGGUAAACCCUUCCAAAGUCAGCAAUCCUGCCAUGCCAAGCAAUGAACUUAUCUCUGCAGAAGAAGAGGACGAUUGUAGCAAGAAUUCUGAUGCUUCAAGUGACUCACUAGAACCUUAUGAUCUUCCAGACGACAAUGAUGCUGACACAAACAAGUUCUCCCAGCUGGGUGACAUUUCUGCAGCAUUACGCAAACCAGAUGAUCCAGAUGGUGUGGAAAGGGCACUAAACAUUGUUGAAAAGCUUGUACGAGCAUUACCUGAUGAGCUUCCUCAUCAUUCUGGUGAUCUUAUCAGAGCAUUAGUGCAUGUUCGUUGCUCUUGCAUUGCAGUUGAAGGAGAGGAAGAUUCUGCUGAAGAAAAGAGGCAUAAAGCACUGGUUGCAUUGAUUGUCACAUGCCCAUUUGAAUCAUUGGACGUGUUGACUAAAUUACUCUAUGCACCCAAUGUGGAUGUCAGCCAACGCAUUCUGAUACUUGAUGUCAUGACUGAUGCAGCACAAGAGCUUUCAGAGAGUAUAAUCACUAGAACAAAUUAUCACCCAAGUAAUCUGAUAUCAAGUGUCUCAGGUCAACCAUGGUUUAUCCCUAGUAGCCGAGGUUCACCUGGAGUUGGUCCUUGGAGAGAGGUCUCUGAUCCUGGAACUUCUGUCAGCUGGUCCCACCGUUAUGAAAGAGAAAUUCCGUCUAGACCUGGUCAUAUGAAGUCAGGAAAAUCACGAAAGUGGGGUCUUGCAAAACCAAAAGAGACACAGUUGGAAUCAUCAAGAAACAGACUUACUCGUUAUGCUGCUGCAUUUAUGCUUCCCGUAAUGCAAGGUUUUGAUAAAAGAAGCCAUGGAGUAGAUCUGCUUAAUAGAGAUUUCAUCGUUCUCGGGAAGUUAAUCUACAUGCUUGGUGUUUGUAUGAAAUGCAUUUCUAUGCAUCCUGAAGCACUGGUUUUGGCUCCUCUACUUCUUGAUAUGAUAAGAACAAGGGCGUUGUCACAUCAUGCCGAAGCAUAUGUCAGAAGAUCUGUCCUUUUUGCUGCUUCAUGCAUCCUUGUUGCUUUACAUCCAUCACACAUUGCAUCUGCGAUGAUUGAAGGCAAUCAGGAAAUAUCCAAUGGUCUUGAGUGGAUCCGUUCAUGGGCAGUGCGUAUAUCAGAAUCUGAUCCAGAUGCUGAAUGCUCAAGGAUGGCUAUGACAUGCCUUCAGCUGCAUGCCGAGAUGGCUCUCCAAGCAUCCCGUGCACUCGAAUCAGUAGAGAGUUCGCAGGCGCGCAGAACCUUGCCAACAAAGUUGGAUAAAAUCAUAAUUCCAUUCUCAAACUUGGGAUAGGAAACAUGCACGAUCUAUUUCUGGAUUUUGAUAAUGCAUAGCUUCUCACCUCCCAAUCGCUUGAUUUGCUUUAUGCUUCGAGUCUCUUGCACAGGUAACAAAUUUAGUCUU